AAGUCAUCUCCACCUCCGAAUAUCAGGAAGAAACCCAGAAUGGUCAGAAAAAUGACACAAUUGCCUGCCAUUACCAGGCCACAGGCACCCCACUGGAUCUGCAGAGGAAGACAGCCAUUAGCUUCAUUCAUGGACAUUGUUGGAAUGGAAUAUUGCCGGGACCUCAUUAAUAAAGCGCUGAAAAACGAGAAGUAGUCAUGGCUUCAGUGAUAUUACAGGGGCUCGAGAUACAUUUUUACCUGCCAGAGACACACCAGAUCAUUCAUCUCUCAGGAAGCUUCACAGCAGAGGAGCUGUGUGUUGAAGCGUCCAAGAAGUUGGGUGUAUCUCCACUGUGUAGCAGUUUGUUCGCCCUUUAUGAUGAAUUUAGCAAGAUCUGGUAUCCACCCAAUCAUUCAUUCACUAUUGAUGAGACUACAAGAUUGAAGCUUUACUACCGCUUGAGAUUCUAUUUUACGAACUGGCAUGGGACAUCUCCUUCUAAGACUUCUCCUCCAGUGUUCAGACACUGUCUCAAGCGAGGGACGGGGUCUACAGGAACGGCUGUUCUGGAUGUAGUGUCACUUACGUACCUCUACGCACAGAGUCAGUGUGACUUUCAGAGUGGUCUGGCACCGCUGCGUAGCGCUCGUGAUGAGAAUGACGUCCAGCAGAUAGAAAAUGAGUGUUUGGGGAUGGCGGUGAUGGCCAUCUCUCAUGAUUCCAUUGAAAAAAAGCUUCCUGUCUGUGAAUUUGAGUACAAGAAUUACAUCCCCAAGGUCCUGUACAAAUCCAUACGUCACAGAAACAUUCUCACACGUCUGCGCAUCGCCAACGUCUUUAAAGUGUUCCUUGAGGAAUUCACCAGGAACACUGUGCAAGGCAACAAGAUCAAAACCCAUGACUUGAAGGUCAAAUAUAUGUCUACUUUAGAGACUCUAACGAAAAACUUCGGCCAGGAGGUGUUUGAACCCUCCUCCCUCAUCAUACACGAGAAUGAGCAAAUGAUCACAGACUCCAGCAGUGCUGCUGGUGUUCAUUACAAGAUCCGGGUGUCUGGCACCUCUGGCAUUCAUUGGUGUAAAGUUCCCAUCGAGGCCAGUUCAGAUCCGUGGGCCUAUCAGGAGAGACGUAAAUCAAAGAGAGACAGUAAGAAACUGAGUAAAGUAGCAUCACAUGAUGCAGAAGAGGACAGAUGGACACUCUUUUCAGACUUUAAUGAGAUAACGCAUCUUCUCAUCAAAUACUCCAUGGUUACCAUCCACAAACAGGACAACAAAAACAUGGAGCUGAAGCUGGCAUCCUAUGAGGAGGCGCUGUCCUUUGCCAGUCUGGUAGAUGGGUACUUUAGGCUCACAGUAGAUGCGCAUCAUUUCCUCUGCAGGGAUGUGGCUCCCGUCUCACUGGAAAAGAAUCUACGAGAGGGCUGCCAUGGUCCAAUCAAUAAUGAAUAUGCCAUCCAUAAACUCAAGCAGGAAGGUUAUGAGGAGGGCAUGUAUCUGCUGCGCUGGAGCACCCACGACUUCGAUCAUGUUCUCCUGACUGUCAUAUGCAACGAGAGGGAUUGUCAUGGCAGCAUCACCAAAACCUUCAAGAACUUCCAGAUUGAGGCGACCGCAGAGGGCUUCCUCCUGACUGGUACAGAUAUUGUGAAGCCCACUCUGAGAGAGCUGACGGACCACCUGUGUGGCCAGUGUCUCACAACAGACCAAACCAGCUUAAGACUUGAGCGUGGCUGUCCACCCCAACCCAAAGAGCAAUCCAACCUUAUCAUGGUGACCAGGAAAGAUUCAGCAUUGCCACACUCUUCCUUAAAUAAUGCAGUCAUCCAUAAGAUCCUCAGAAAUGACAUUACCCAGGAGAAACACCUGGGCCAAGGCACCUGCACAAACAUAUAUUCUGGGAAGCUGAAUUUGAUAAAUGAGGAUGAUGACGGUCUGUCAGGCCAUGAGGUGGUGGAUGUGGUUCUGAAGAUGCUGGCAGCAGGACACAUUUCUGCCUUCCUGGACACAGUCAGUGUAAUGCAGCAGAUUUCACAUAAAAACAUGGUUCUGAUGUAUGGCGUGUGCAUGCACAGCAUGGACAUCAUUAUGGUGGAGGAGUUUGUUCAGCACGGCCCUCUGGACAUGUUCAUGAGAAAUCAUCGCUCUGAACUCACGCCCUCCUGGAAGUUCCAAGUUGCGGAGCAACUUUCCAGCGUCCUCAGUUAUUUGGAGGAUAAGAAGCUUGUCCAUGGCUAUGUCUGUGCUAAAAAUGUCCUGUUGAAGCUGGAUGGUCUGGAAGGACAAGGUGGCCCUUUCAUUAAACUGAGUGAUCCUGGACUGUCCAUCACUGUGCUCAGCCAAACAGAGUGUAUUGACAGGAUCCCCUGGAUCGCCCCAGAGUGUGUUAAAAACCCCAAAGCGCUUAGCAUUGCAGCAGACAAAUGGGGGUUUGGGACCACGCUAUGGGAGAUCUGCUACAAUGGCGAGGUGCCUCUGCGUGAAAAGAAACUCUCAGAGAAAGAGCGAUUCUACGAGGUGUGCGGUACUCUGGUCACUCCCAGCAUCAGUGAACUGGCUGAUCUGAUCUCACAGUGCAUGAACUAUGACCCCAAGAAGAGACCGUUCUUCAGAGCCAUAGUGAGAGAGCUGGGACGCAUCAAAGAGCAGCACGAGAAGGCGCUUCACCUUAUGGAGGCUAUUCCUCCACAGGAGACUGAUCCUACAGAUUUCAAAAGAAGAUUUCUCAAGAAAAUCCGAAAACUUGGAGAGGGUAACUUUGGGAUGGUGGAACUGUGUCUGUAUGAUCCUAAGGGAGAUCAGACAGGUGAGCUGGUGGCUGUUAAAUCUCUGAAAACGGAAAAUGAGAGCAGCAACCUGAGGAGAGAGAUCAGCACCAUCAGAAACCUCUACCAUGAAAACAUCGUCAAAUACAAAGGCAUCUGCAAUGACGAAGGAGGAGCGAACAUCAAACUCAUUAUGGAGUACUUGCCCUCUGGCAGUCUGAAAGAAUACCUGCCCCGUAACAAAUCCAAGACCGAUCAGAAGAGACUGCUGAACUAUGCUCUUCAGAUAUGUCAGGGUAUGGAGUACCUGGGAUCUCAAAACUACAUCCACAGGGAUCUGGCAGCGAGAAACAUCUUGGUGGAGAAUGAAUCACUUGUAAAGAUCGGGGACUUUGGCCUGACUAAGAGCAUCAAAGAUGAUAAGGAAUAUUACAAAGUGACCGAAGAACAGGACAGUCCUGUGUACUGGUAUGCUCCAGAAUGUCUGCUUAAUCGGAAGUUCUACAAGGCAUCUGAUGUUUGGUCAUUUGGGGUCACUCUCUAUGAAAUCAUGACGUACUGUGACCGUGACAACAGCCCUCCACAGGUGUUCCUGAAGACGAUUGGCCGGUCUCAUGGACAGAUGACCAUGGCCAGGCUGGUAGAAGCUCUUGAGAAAGGCUGGAGGAUGCCACGUCCAGAUUCGUGCCCUGAAAUGGUGUACACUCAGAUGUACAGGUGCUGGAGUCAGGCCCCAGAAAACAGAGUGGACUUCAAGGGCCUGAUCAAAGAGUUUGAGUUUCUCCUCACUCGAGAAAACAUCUAGCUUCCAUUCAUCGCAUCAGUUACACCUACAGAAUUAAGUUUCAUUUUGUAUUUGUAUGUUAUUUCCUCAUUAUACUAAGAAAAGGAUGCAUGUUACUUUCUCUUUAAAUCUUUGGCAGUUAAUCAUCUACCUCCAAAAACACUCUGUUAAUACAGUGUAUUCUUUCUAGGUUAACACACCACUCAGCACUUAACAAAUAUAAAGUACUAAAAAGAUUCAUUUAUAAAAUCUGAAGCCGCAUCAAAUCUAGCGCCAGAUUUAAUAAUAGCUUACACAAAUACAAACCGUCUUUUGAAAAACUACUGUCAAGAUUUACCAAAGACACGCAGUGAAAAAUUAUCAUGGUCACAGUUAUUUUUGUGGCUGACCUUAUGCAUUUGUAGGAGUUUCCUUUUCAAACGCAAAAUUUCAGAGUAUUUCAAUUAAUCAUGCAAUGUAAUUUACUAAGGUUUGCGCCAUUAUUAAAUGCCCAAAAAGCAUGUUUUAACCACUGAUCUAUAUAUAAUGAUCUCUAUUAUAGAUCAGCCGUGUUGGGGGUAACCUAUUACAAGUAACACAAUCAGAUUACUAUUUUCAAGCAACUUGUAAAGUUUUUAAUUUACAAGAAAAUAUCUGAGUUACUUUUUUCAAAUAAGUAACGCAGAUACUUUGUUUUCCCAUUUUUCCCAUGUUGAAUUUACAUUUACUUCAGCCUUUUACAUAUACUAAAAUUAUAACCUUUUAUAAUAAAAACAAACAAGCAAGCCAAACCCGGAUGAGAAAAAGUACUGCAAAAGUAAUGUAACGCAAUACUUUCCAUAAAAAGUAACGCGAUAUUGUAAUGCAUUAUUUUUAAAAGUAACUUUCCCCAACACGGUAGAUCAGUGGUUUUAACCCGUUUUGCACUUGACACAAUAGUUUCUAGUUUGCUCUGCUCUUGGUAGACUGUGUUGGUCAUGAUAGAAAUGAUCUGGAUGCAUCUGUGUUCUUCAGUUUGCUUAUUUUCAGUAAAUCACACACAUAACUUUACACUGCUAUUAGUGCUUUUAUGGGAUUGUGAUCUCAAGCCAAUUUAUCCUGAUUAGUAUAUCUGGCACAUUACGUAUAAUCAUAUAUGAUUUAUUGUAUGAAAGAUAAAAUGGAGAGGUGCCUUAAUAUCACAGGGGGCAUAUUUGUUGUAUUUACUGGAUAAUCUAUAGCGGCUUUUCCACCAGCAGUUCUAAGAUCGGUUUGAGUGAAGCAAACAGAAACAUCUCAUCAUCCUUCAUAAUACAGUCACUACUUACAUUUCAUACUGUACUGUAUGUAAAUACUGUACUUGCAUUACCAGGGCAACGACUGAUACAUCUGUAUUACGAACUCUGUGAUCAGUGCCACAGUGGAAAACCAAACCGUAUCCAUAUGCGAAACCAUAAUGGUACAGUUAAGCAAUGAGAACCUGACGGUGGAAAGGCGGCUUAAGACAUACAAGACAGAGAGAUAGAUAGAUCUAUUAAAAUGCAAGGUGCAUAUGUAUAGUCAUGAAUGUCAUUUCAUUUUUUUUUUUUUUUUAAGUCUUACUGGUUGUUAUAUACAGUUGAUUGUGCUGUAAACUUUUUAAUCAUCAUCA